AUGAAGGGGACUUCAACAGAAGUGAGCCCCACUGUGGAAAAAACGGACCAACAAGGAUUCCUGAGUGGUGGUCCUAAUAGCUUAACUUGCAGAGAACUUGGUGUUGAAUCUCAAAAUUCAUCCCUUAUUGAACAUCAAAGAAUGGACACUGAGGAAAAAUCUAGUGAACACAAUCAGUGUAGAAAGACUUUUAUGCACAGGACCAGUCUUGUAGUACAUAAGAGCAUCCACACUGGGGAGAAUCCUUAUGAAUGCAAGCAGUGUGUAAAGAUAUUCAGGGACAGUUCUGGUCUUGCUAGACAUGAGAUAAUCCACACUGGGGAUAAUUCUUAUGAAUGGAAGCAAUGUGGAAAGACAUUCAGUCAUAGCUCUAGUCUUGCUGAACAUCAGAGAAUCCAUUCUGUGGAGAAACCUUAUGAAUGCAAUCAGUGUGGAAAGUCAUUCAGGGACAGCUCAAAUCUUGCUCGACAUCAGAGAAUCCACACUGGGGAGAAACCUUAUGAAUGCAAUCAGUGUGGAAAGACAUUUAGUCAGAGUUCUGGUCUUGCUUACCAUCUGAAAAUCCACACUGGGGAUAAACCUUAUGAAUGCAAUCAGUGUGGAAAGAUAUUCAGGGGCAGUUCUAGUCUUGCUGUACAUCAGAGAAUCCACACUGGGGAGAAACCUUAUGAAUGCAAUCUUUGUGGAAAUACAUUCACAAAGAGGUCUCAUCUUGCUUCUCAUCAGAGAACCCACACUGGGGAUAAACCUUAUGAAUGCAAUCAGUGUGGAAAGAUAUUCAGGGACAAUUCCAGUCUUGUUCGACAUGAGAGAAUCCACACUGGGGAGAAACCUUAUGAAUGCAAGCAGUGUGGAAAGACAUUCAGUCGGAGCUCCCAUCUUGUUCCACAUCAGAGAACACACACUGGGGAGAAACCUUAUGAAUGCAAUCUUUGUGGAAAUACAUUUACACAGAGGUGUCAUCUUGCUUCACAUCAGAGAACCCACACUGGGAAGAAACCUUAUGACUGCAAGCAGUGUGGAAAGACAUUCAGUGUGAGCUCUAGUCUUGCUGUACAUCAGAGAAUCCACACUGGGGAGAAACCUUAUAAAUGCAAUCAAUGUGGAAAGACAUUCAGGGACAGUUCCAGUCUUGCUGUACAUCAGAGAAUCCACACUGGAGAGAAACCUUAUGAAUGCAAGCAGUGUGGAAAAACAUUCAGUCGUAGCUCCCAUCUUGUUCCACAUCAGAGAACACACACUGGAGAGAAACCUUAUGAAUGCAAGCAUUGUGGAAAGACAUUCAGGGACAGUUCCAGUCUUGCUGUACAUCAGAGACUCCACACUGGGGAGAAACCAUAUGGAUGCAAGCAGUGUGGAAAGACAUUCAGGCUGAGCUCCAGUCUUGCUGUACAUUGGAGAAUCCACACUGGGUAGAAACCUUGUGAAUGGAAGGAAUGUGGAAAGACAUUCAGUGUGAGAUCCUGUCUU